ACCGAAUCCUAAAAUAGACAAAAGAAACCCAAACCAAUCAAUACAAAUAUCUCUCUCUCCACACCUCCUCUACAAAAUAUAUUUGUGUUUUGAUUUGAUUCUCUCUCUCUAGAUAGAUUGCCCUUUUUCUCUCUCUAGACCAAACCAAACCCUAAAUAAACCCCACCAUACAGCCUUGCCACCUCUAUUGCAUGCCCUUUUGUUCAUUUCCUAAUCCUUCUUGUUCUCUUCUUCUCUAAAAACCAAAACCGAAACAAGAACUCUAAAACCAGCCACUAGCCAAGAAAGCAAAAGAAAGAAAACCCCAAGCAAUACAGGGACACUUCUUUUAAACAUAGCAUAAAGCAUACAUAUCUUAAUCAUCUUCUUCACUAUUAUUAUCAUCCUCCAUGGCUGUAGAAGCACGGCAUCUCAAUCUCUUCUCUCCUCAGCUCUUAGGCAACCGGGAAAUAAUGAACCCAAGUGAAGCGAAUAUGAAUAUGUACAAUUCCCAGAUGGGAUAUCGGCUUCCAUUAUCAGGAACUACAACAACGACAGAAACGCUGCUUCCUAUGUACAGUUGUGUGAUUGCAGAUUCAAUCCCGCAAAAAACACCGAUCAAAUCAGAAAGUGGUUUAACCUACAAUCAUCUGCCUAUGCCAAGAAAGCGCCCAAGAGACUCCAUCAAUCCUCUUCUCUCAUACCCAACUCAUCAACCUAACAAUAAGACAGGCUCUGGCUCUCCCUUCUCCUUUUUAGGCCAAGACCUCUCUCUACAGAUCCAGCAACAGCAACUAGACAUCGACCAUCUUGUUUCCCAACAUAUGGAGAAAGUGAGGAUGGAGUUAGAAGAGAAAAGAAAGAGACAAUCGAGGAGGAUAAUAGAAGCAAUAGAAGAAGGGAUGCUAAAAAGGCUAAGAGCAAAGGAAGAAGAAAUCGAGAAGAUUGGUAAAUUAAAUUGGGCACUCGAGGAGAGGGUCAAGUCUCUUUGUAUAGAGAACCAAAUAUGGCGAGACCUGGCACAAACCAACGAGGCUACAGCCAAUGCUUUAAGAACCAAUCUCGAACAAGUACUAGCAGCGCAGGUUAAAGACGAGCGCACCAGGGGCGCAGGUCUAGACGAGCCGACAGCAGAAAUGGACGAUGCGCAAUCAUGUUGUGGCAGUAGUGGCGAAGGGGAAAGGUUAGACGAGGAGCGGUGCACGUUACCAAGUGGGGCGCAGGAUAAGGACACAACAUCGAGCAGGUUGUGCAGGAACUGUAGGAAGGAGGAAUCAUGUGUAUUGCUGUUGCCGUGCAGGCAUCUGUGCCUGUGUACUGUUUGUGGGUCUAGUCUCAAUACUUGCCCCAUCUGUAAAGCCACCAAGAAUGCCAGUUUCCAUAUUAACAUGUCAUUAUGAGUGAUCAAACAUAACACCAGAAAGGGAAAAAAAAAAAAAAGAACAAAAUAUUCAAGAAACCAAAACAAUGUUCAUUUUACUUCUCUUCUUUGGUUUAGUUAGAAUGAUUCUUUAUUGCAUUUUA